UUAUACUAUUUCGGGAGAGAGUCAAUAGCGAGCGACCAGAAGAGGAGCGAGGCAGAGGGCGGAAAUAUAUAAAUAAGAAAAAGCAGAGGAGGGUUUGGCUCGUUCUCCUCGUGCACACCGAGCGCCGCCGCGCACGAGAGGAUGAGGGAGCGCGUGGAGGGUCGGACCCGCGGCUGAGCGCGUGAGACGAGGAGCGUUAUUCGCAUUACCAUCAUUAUUAUUUCUUUUGAUUUUUGUUCCCGGCGGGAGGGCUAAAGGAAAGCAGGCGAGAGAGGGAGAGCGGGAAGGUUGGAGGUGAGCGGCCGGAGGAAAGAUGGCGAGUUUUGGGAAACUCACAGACUACUUUAAUCGGCGCAAGUCGCAAGAGGAGAUGCGCGAGGGAAGGAGCGCGCAGCGCAGCGGCAGCUACUGCUGCACCGUGGCCGAGGCCAGGUCCCUGGAGAGGAAGCUGCAGAGACCCAUACUGGCCAAGUCGCGGACUCUCCCCAGCAUCCCGCAGUCUCCCACAGUCUCCAGGGUCCAUCACUCCCGCCUCAUGGGUGGGAGUCCUCCUCGUAGGAAGAACCCGCCCCCUGCCACCAGCCACCCAAAGGCCUGCACCCUCCCGCCUGCAGGAAGUGGAGACAGAUUCCUAUCGGCUCAUCAACAAUCGUCCUGGAAAUGGCCAGGGGAGCUGUGGCGCCUGGAGGACGACAUGGAGGGCGGAGACGAGCCCGAGCACGGCGGCGGCACCGAGGUGCGUCCUCGCUCCCAGUCCCCCUUCUCCCACUUCCGGGCGCGAGCCGCCUACCUCCGCAAGAGCGUCUCAGCGGACGACCACCUGGACAUGGGCUCGGACUACGGCUCCACGGCCGCCGCAGAGAGCAAGGCCACCCGGAGCAGGAAGGGCAAGCUGAAGAGGAACUUUAGUCUGGGCUCCGCUGACCGAAAGGAGAAUCAGCACAAGAAGUCAGAGUCGGGGAUCUCCAAAUUUACCCACCGCCUGUCUCUCAAAGAGCGCGUGGCCAAAGCAGAGAAGACCUCCACGGACAGACCUCCAUCCUACAGAAGACGCUCUCUCAGCGUGGACUGGGCGGACUCUGCCAAGAUGACGCAGCCCAUGAGGGGCGACCAGGCCCACCAGCCGGCCCCAAACCGCAAGUCGGCCAGCCUGUCCUCGCCGAGCGCGGCCCGCCGCCUGUACCGCAACUCGUCUGGAAAGUUCCGCGUGGGCACCAACCCCCCCCCCGCUGCGGAGGACGGCGUGGUGUCGGGACGGGGAGGAGACAAGGAGAGGCUUCGCAAAACCACCGUAUUCCAGAGUAACGAGGCGCUGUUCGAGGCGGUGGAGCACCAGGAGCUGGACCUGGUGCAGCUGCUCCUGUCCCAGUACAGCCUGGAAGAGCUGGACCACAACACGCCAAACAGCGAGGGCCUCCUGCCGCUCGACAUCGCCGUCAUGACCAACAACGUGCCCAUGGCCACGCUGCUGCUGCGCGCCGGUGCGAAGGAGAGCCCCCACUUCGUGAGCCUGGAGGGCCGAGCGGCGCACUUGGCCACCUUGGUGCGGGAGGCGGAGCAGCGGGUCGCGGAGCUUCGGGCUCAGGUCGGCGGCGAGGGUCCCGCCGAGCGGGAAGCAUCCGACCGGGAGAGGCAGCUGAAGGCCUGGGAGUGGAGGCUCCGGCUCUUCCGCCGCAUGCAGACGGGCUUCGAGCACGCCAACCCUCCAGACGCCCCCGCUGCAGCUCGCCUGUCCGUCAGCAGCAGCACCAGUCUAAGGGUGGACUUCCAGGAACCUCUCUGUGUCAACGCCGCCGUGGUUACCAAGUACAAAGUGAGCUGGAGCACUGCGCCUUCAUUGAGUCCUUUGCUGGGGGAGAUGGUGGUGGAGGACACCACUCUGCUACGGGGCAACAUCACUGGGCUCACUUCUGGGACCUAUUACUACGUCCAGGUGUCUGCCUACAACAUGAAGGGGUGGGGGCCUCCGCUAGUUUCCAUCCCGGGCUGCGCUGCACCUUCCAGUUGGAGGGACAUCGACGGUCGAGCGCCGCGUCAGAGAGGCCAGAAGGAGGCCCUGGACCAGCUGCUCGGGCAAAUAAAGGAAGCUCACCGCCACUGUGUCUGCCACGAACAGUGUAAAGCUCCACCGCAAGGGAGGAAGCACUCUGUGUCCAAAAGCCUGCGCCACCUCUUCCAACCCACCAGCAAGUUCGUUAAAGGCUUGAAGAGGGGUCUCUACCUGACAUCCAUACUCUACAGAGACGACAACGUGUUGGUGACUCCGGAGGACCAGAUUCCCAUCGUGGAGGUCGAAGAUUCCUACUCCAGCUCCCUUAUGCAGGACUUCCUGUGGUUCACCAAGGUGUCUUACCUGUGGGAGGAGAUUCCCUGGCUGCAGCAGUGUCUCAGUCCUUCCCAGUCGUCCUGCUCCUGCACUCUGCAGACGCGACUCAAGAUGCUGCAGGCCGUCUCCCAGCUGCAGGGAAUGCUGGGAACCCAGGACCUCGGUCAGGUGUAUUUUGAGCCAAUCAAAGACAAGCACGGUAACGCCUUGCUGGUGCUGCUGAAGGACAUGAACGCCUGUCCUAACCUGGACGGCGUCCGCUGGACGCAGCUUUGCAAGCUGCAGCUCCAACGCAAGUCCAUCUCCUCCCCCGAAGAGCCGACGGCCUUGGACAUGCUGCUCAUCACGCUCCACGAGAAGCUGGCGUAUCACAGGCGCAGCAGGAAGGUCUUGUCUCCGGGCCUUUACCUGGGCUACCUCAAGCUGUGCACAUCGGUGGAGCAGAUCAGAGCGCUGGUGCCCCAGAAACUCCCCAACGUCCUCUGUCACACCAAAAUUCGGGACAACAGCAACGUGUCCAGAGAGGAGUGGCAGUGGCUGCAGGCUCUCGGCUCCCUGGCGGAGGCGUUGGAGAUGGACCAGGAGGAGCAGAGCGCUCCACAUCGCCUCCUACAGGACCUGCGCAGCGCCAUCAAAGACCUGAUGGCUCACAUCAACGUCCUCGGCAAUCAGAUGCAGGACUUCCGUCUCUAUAGCCAGGAAGUGGUGGAGUUUGGGGAGAAGGUGUCCUUCCUGCUCCUCCUCCCACCUUCAGACGAAGUGUGCACAGCUCCCGGCCAGAACAACCCGUACUCCCCCCGCUCUGGCUUCCUCACGCUGCCCCUGCAGAUCUUUGAGCUGGUCCACUUCAACACCUACAGCCCCAGUUUCAUUGGCCAGUACUGCAGAGUAUCGGCUUUGCUGGAACUGGAGUCCCUCAUGUCCCAGCAGGCCCUACGGGAGGCCUUCUCCGAGGCCGAGCUCUUCGCUGCUAAGAAGAAACACCAGCAGGUCCAGGAACACAUUCAGCAAAUGGAGGAGGUGUGGCGUGACGCGAGGUGGAUCAUGGACGCCCUGCAGUACGCCCGCUACAAGCAGCCAACCGGAGGCCUCUCCAUAAGCUGGAUAGUUGACUUCUCCAAGGAAGUGUUGUCCGACAAGCCCCCGUCCACCUCCUCCCAGCCGGACUUCAUGCCGUCGCCCGAGCCCUGCCGCAAGCACUCAGAUUUUGCCGGACUCUCAGACGAGGAAGGCUCCUCCGACGUCUUCCUCACCACCGACAGCGACUACGACUCCAGCCGCGCUCAGAGCCCCCGUGAGCUGGACCUGCUGCCCCCCUCGCCCCUCUCGUCCUCCGCGCCGCUGGAGCCCCGCGGCUUCCUGCGCAGCGACGGCAGCGGCUCCGGGGGAGGGUCGUGCCUGGGCGGAGGGGGGCGCGCGCCGGACGUCCUCCAGGCCUCGGAGCCGCCGCACGGCAGCGUCGGCGUUCGGUGCGGCGCGGAGCGGCGGCGGGGCGGCCCCGAGCUUUUUGACAGCGACUUCAUCCUGCCCAGCAGGCAGAUCGAGCUGCUGCACAUCACAGAGAAGAGACAGGCCUUCUGCGUGAGAACCAGCAGCCUGGAGUUCCCUUCCACCACGUCGGCCCACCAGCCCUACCCCAACCACACCACCUGCGCCUCGCCGCGGCGGGGGUGGCACAGGCCCUCGUCGGUGGAGCGCUGCUGCUCGGCGGAGCGCCGCCUGCCGCCUGCGCGUACUUUGUCCGAGGACAGCGGCACGCAGAGACUCUCCUCGCAGUCGCCCGCCGCCCUCCGCAAAGGCUGCCACACCACCCUCAGGGUGCACCCGCAGUACCGCACCGGCCUGCCCAAGGAGACCAGCGUCAAGCUCUGUGUCACUCCGGGAACGUCGGCGCGGGAGAUGGUGCAGCUGGUGGUGCAGGAGAUGAACGUGGUGUCGCGGCGCAUGCUCGGCAGCGGGGGCGGCGGCGGCGGCGAGCAGGAGCGCUGCGUGUGCUACAGUCCCGAGCAGUUGAAGCACUUUGCUCUCGUGCUGGUGGUCGACAACAGAGAGAAGUGGCUCCAGGACGACUUCUGUCCCCUGGAGCUCCAGAACCCGUGGCUCAGGGGGAAACUGUGCGUUCGCAUCAAGGAGUAUUCGCCACUGGCGCUCAAGCACGGCCGGGCCACCACGGUGUGACACGAGCCGCCGUCCUCUUUGGGUAAAUGAACAAACUGUAACAUUUGAACAAAACCGGCUCCCCAACUCUUAUCAUCUCUCACCGUCCACCGAUGCAGCUACAACGCGUCUCUUCCUCGAUGACACCGAGCAAAAAGGAACAACGCAAAUAAGAGUCUGUUGCCGUCAGAAAUCAUUUGUGAAAAGUCUGACAGUGGCGCUGACGCUGGCGCAUCGGGGGCGCGGCGCGGCCUCCGCUAUGAACUCUGUCAUUGUGUGAUUCCCAAGGCGCUGUCGCCUGCAGCCGCCCGGCUCCCCGUGUUCCCGGGAUGUGGGCCCUGGACCGGGCCCAGAGGCCGAGGAGGAAGGUGGGAGGAAGGUGGGAGGAUGGGAGGAGGAAGGGAGGGGUACAGCUGGCGUCCCGGCUCGAGGAAGCCACCGGCCCGGCGGCUCGUCACUCGGCCGCUGUGCUGUCUGCAGGCCACGGAGAGAGGAAGAGGAGGAAGAGGAGGAGGAGGACUCCGGAUGUCUCCUGCAGCAGUAAAGUCUCUGCCGACUCAGUCGUAGUAGCUAACCAACACGCGCGUUGUGAAGUGACACAAAAUAAAAUAAGCCUAAUUGGAUUUUCACAUGAGAGCAAACACAAGCAAUACUGGAGUUUUGUUUUUCUAAUAGGGAGAAAGAGCAUGUUAACCUUCCACAAUUGUACUUAAGUUCCUCUCAAGUGCUGUAGUCCACGCUGUGCUAGACGUUGACCAGUUGAGUGUUCUGUUGUGUUCGCCGGUGCCCACCCGUCUGCAGAGGGUCUCCCAAAGGGCCAAAGGGACGACUCCAGUUGGCGAGAUAACAUAUCGUGUUCUACAGACUUCAACUCAAGUUAUAUAUGCAAGGCCUUAACUAUAUGAUGAGGAGGUGAACAAACCAUUUCAGCCAAUGAACAAACCCACCGAUGGAGAAGAGCAGCGUAACAAACAUUUGUUACGUUUGCAUUACAUUCACCCAGAUAAUCGUCUUUGGGAACACGUUCUCUGUGAACGUCUUCAGACGACACGUGGAAACUGAACACGCCUCUCCUCACACUGCACGCUGUUCUUUCAGCAAAUGAUUCAAGCGUUUCGACGCCACAAAACGUCGACACGGGCUCAGCGGCAUGGCGGCGCUCUAGCGACCCCGCAGCGUUUCCCAAUGUAGCACCAGAAAGGUCCAGGAGCGCUGGCCUCGGUUACUGUAGCGCCUCGGCUUCACGGGACGAAGCUGUCACAGGGAGAGGCUCCUCCCCUUUUACCAGAUGUGUUUAUGUGCAACUACUGUAUAAAGAUGUCUGAAGACAAACCGUUGUUUUAAGUUGUAAUCGGUUCUAACGGCUCGAACUGUUGUGUUAGCGCGUAGACGUCCUCUUUAUUCACAUUGUUAAGAGCUUUUACCACAAACUGAAACCGUGUAAAUAGACAAAGACCAGGGGAUGAAUGUACUGUAUCUGCCCUCAAUGUGAAAGGACUCACUGCUGGGGUCAAAGGUCAGUGAAGUUAUCCUAAGAGGGGGGUUUAUAUUCCUGUUUCCAGUUGAAAAGAAUAAAAGUAAAGCCCCAUGUUUACAAGGAGCCAUCAGGCGAAAUGAAGGAGACGUCACGUCACUUUUUUAGAAUCUAUUUUUAUUGAACAAUAAAUGAACAUUACAAAAUAAAAGCCA